AUGGGCAUUUACAUCUAUGAUUAUGACGCGAAUGAACUUGUCACAUCAUGGAAUCAUAGGCCCGAGCAGCUUGACACUCUCGGUGUCAGGAUCAGUAGAUUGCUCACGGUCGAAUUGGAUAUGCAAGCACCACAACCAAAUAAUACAUUACUCCUCAGUCCUGGUAAGGGUCCAGAUAAAAAAGUCGCAUCGGGACAAAAGCCAGGAAAGUCUGGUAAACCAACAACGAAUGUUGCAUCAGAAGGAUCGUUACCGCAGUCACCACAGCAUAAUGUACAAAGUGAAAAGAAAGAAAAGAAACCGAAAGGGAAUGCGGUGAAGAGUGCAACGGAUAAGCAAACACCAGAGCAAAAUAAAGCACCCGCGACUCCUAGUGCAGGCCCCGUGCAAACAACUGCGCCUGGCACAGAUUCCGCAAAACCGAAACCCAAAGAUGGAUCAAACGGGUUACAAGUGGCCUCACAAAAUAAAGCACACAUUAAAGAAACGAGCGAGCAAACUAGGGGACUUUGUAGUACACUAGCGCGAACUAUAUCUAGGAAUAAAUGGUGGAUCCCCGCUACAUUGGCCGUCUUUGGUGUAUAUAUAACAAUGAUGGUUGUAACAAUCAGUUCUGGUAAACUAUCGGAAGCUCUUUCAUCCGUUGGUGCAGUUUCAGGGAGCAUAAUUCUUAUAUUGCUGUCUGCGUUAAUCUGGUACUACUACCGAAGGGGAAAAGCAAAAGUGCCAAAAAAAGCUCUAAAGGACAAAAUUACAUCAGAGGGAGAGCAGAAGCGUGCAGUACCCAAGACAGCCAAUGUAUCCAAUAAACCGGAAGUAGCUGAGAAGACGGAAGCACCUAAGACACCGGAAGCACCUGAGAAGAAGGAAGCAGCCGAGAAGCAGGAAGCGUCUAAGAAGGCAGGAGAGUCCGAAAAACCGUAG